AUCCAAUCAAAGCGGCGCGCGGGAGGUUAAAAUUGUCCAUUCAUACCCGCCUCCAUUCCUUUUUUCUCAUUUCUGGAGGCAGCGAUUUCUUCCUUCCUGGAAAACCAAAAACCUAAUUAGGGUUUUCUCUGUUUUCAGCUCCUCCACUACAGUUUUGCUGAAAUGGGAGUUCCGGCGUUUUACCGCUGGUUAGCGGAGAAGUAUCCUAUGAUUAUUGUUGAUGUUAUUGAGGAAGAAGAAGUUGAGAUUGAUGGAGUUAAGAUUCCUAUUGAUACCAGUAAACCUAAUCCUAAUAAUAUCGAGUAUGAUAAUCUUUAUCUUGAUAUGAAUGGGAUUAUUCAUCCUUGCUUUCAUCCUGAAGACCGGCCUUCUCCAGCAACAUUUGAUGAGGUGUUUCAGAAUGUGUUUGAUUACAUUGACAGGCUUUUUAAUAUGGUUCGUCCUAGAAAGCUUCUAUACAUGGCAAUUGAUGGUGUUGCUCCAAGAGCCAAGAUGAAUCAGCAGCGUUCUAGGCGUUUCAGGGCAGCCAAAGAUGCAGAAGAUGCUGCUGCUGAAGAAGAACGGUUACGUCAAGAAUUCGAACUGGAGGGAAAAAAGCUUCCUCCAAAAGAGGUGUCACAAACUUUUGACUCCAAUAUUAUUACUCCUGGAACAGAGUUCAUGGCAGUAUUGUCUAUCGCGUUACAGUAUUAUGUACACAUGAGAAUUAAUAAUGACCCUGGGUGGAAAUCUGUUAAGGUUAUAUUAUCUGAUGCAAACGUACCUGGGGAAGGGGAACACAAGAUUAUGUCAUAUAUACGUCUUCAAAGGAAUCUUCCUGGUUAUGAUCCAAAUACACGCCAUUGUCUUUAUGGACUGGAUGCAGAUUUAAUUAUGUUGGCUCUUGCUACCCAUGAAGUUCAUUUCUCAAUCCUCAGAGAGGUUGUAUUUGUCGCUGGACAGCAAGAUAAGUGCUUUCUGUGUGGUCAAGUUGGCCAUUUAGCAGCUGCUUGUGAAGGCAAGGCCAAGAGGAAAGCUGGUGAGUUUGAUGAGAAAGGUGGUGACGAUGCUGCUGUGCUCAAAAAGCCUUUUCAGUUCCUGAAUGUGUGGACGUUGAGGGAAUAUUUGGAACACGAGAUGAGGAUUCCUAACCCUCCUUGUAAGAUUGAUUUUGAGCGCAUUGUUGAUGACUUUAUCUUCAUUUGCUUUUUUGUGGGCAAUGACUUCUUACCGCACAUGCCCACAUUGGAAAUUCGCGAGGGUGCAAUAAACUUGCUGAUUGCUGUGUAUAAGAAGGAGUUUCAUGCAUUAGGCGGGUAUCUAACUGAUGGGAGCAAGCCUAACUUAAGCAAAGUUGAGUAUUUCAUUCAAGCUGUCGGAUCAUAUGAAGACCAAAUUUUUCAGAAAAGAGCUCGUUUACACCAACGACAAGCAGAUAGGAUAAAAAGAGAAAAGUCACAGGCCAAAAGAGGAGAUGACGCGCAGCCUCUAGUUGAGCCUGAGUCCUUGGUUCCUGUUUCACGAUUUCAUGGUUCUCGCCUGGCUUCAGCCCCUUCACCUUCACCCUUUCAGAAGGGGCCUGGUGGGAGUUCAGAAAAAGCAACGUCAAAGCCUCAUAAAGUCGCACGUGUGUCUACUGCAGCAAGUAUCGGUGCUGCUAUUGUUCAGGCUGAGAACGGUCUUGAAGAUGACGAAUAUGAAAACAAAGAAGAGUUGAAAGCAAAGCUUAAGGAGUCCAUUCGUGAAAAGUCAGACGCUUUUAACUCAGAUAAUAGGGAAGAGGAUAAGAUUAAAUUGGGGGAGCCUGGGUGGAAGGAGAGGUAUUAUGAAGAGAAGUUUUCUGUAAAAUCUCUGGAGGAGAUGGAAAGCAUUCGCAAAGAUGUUGUCCUGAAGUACACCGAAGGCUUGUGCUGGGUUAUGCAUUAUUAUUAUGAAGGUGUCUGCUCAUGGCAGUGGUUUUAUCCUUAUCAUUAUGCUCCUUUUGCUUCUGAUAUCAAGGACAUUGCAAGCUUAGAUAUCAAUUUUGAGCUAGGUUCACCCUUCAAGCCAUUUGAUCAACUUAUGGGUGUUUUUCCAGCUGCAAGUUCCCAUGCACUUCCAGAACAUUACAGGAAGUUGAUGUAUGAUCCUACUUCUCCAAUUAUUGAUUUUUACCCCACAGACUUUGAAGUUGACAUGAAUGGGAAGCGUUACUCUUGGCAGGGUAUUGCAAAGUUGCCUUUUAUUGAUGAAACCCGCCUGCUUGCUGAGAUUGCAAAAGUGGAACAUACUUUAACGGCAGAAGAAAAGGGAAGGAAUAGUAUCAUGUCUGACAUGCUGUUUAUAGCAGUAUCUCAUCCACUGUCCCCUUACAUUUUUUCUCUUGAUGAUCGUUGUAAACAAAUGAAUGAGGCAGAACGGUUACAAGUCAAAGAAAAACUUGAUCCCAAGGCCAGGUCUACUUGCAGUGGGGGAAUGAAUGGUUACAUUUGCCUUUGUGCUGGAGACCCUUGCCCUCCUAUUUUCAAGUCUCCGAUUGGUGGAAUGGAAGAUAUUGUUGACAAUCAAGUCAUAUGCGCAAUAUACAAACUCCCAGAUUAUCACAAACAUAUUUCACGACCACCUCCUGGGGUGAAAUUUCCAGCGAAGAUUGUCUCGAUGGGAGAUUUGAAAGAGCCAGUCCUAUGGCAUGAGGAUAAUCGAGGAAGAUAUAAUGAUAAUGGAAGGCGACAUAAUGGCAAUGGUAGACGGCAUGAUGAUAAUGGAAGACGACAUAAUGAUGAUGGAAAACAACAUAAUUAUAAUGGAAGACGUAUGGAUAAUGGAAGGCCACCCCCCCCUGGAACCAUAUCUGGUCGUCAGCUCGGAGAGGCAGCCCAUCGGCUGGUUAUUAAUAGCUUACAAAUGAGACCAGAUCAGAAGGGAUACGGGCAAUAUGGCAGAUCUUCAUCUUAUGAUCCGGAUCACUAUGGUCAAGAUUAUGGAAGGAUGACGCCGCCUACUGGGUCUUAUCCGGUUGGUGGAUAUCAGCGUCCUCCAGCUGUGGAACAAAUCCAUCCGAGUCGGCCAUACACGGCACCUGUUUCCCACCAACCGUAUGGAAGGCCCAACUAUCAAAAUCAAAGAAGUCAUAUGUCAGCACCUCCUCAAGGAUACUAUCAGCACAAUGGGCCUCCGCGCCACCCACCCGCUGGACCGGCAGCUCCUGUUGCACCUCAAGCAUACCAUCAACCAAGUGGUUAUAGUGGGCAUCAGGGUGGUCAAAGUUACGGAGUAGGUGGUUAUAAUCAGUGGGGUGGACGUCCACAAUCCCAAAAUGCUGGUAGAGGAUAUGGUAAUAAUUCCCAACAAGGAGGCAACCGUUUCUCCACAUUCAAUAGAGGACAAAAUCAUAGGCCACCGUCAAAUAACCGUGGCCGAUAGUAAAAUCGCUUGAUCCUGAGAAGGUGACUCAGGUAAUGAUCUGUAAAUUAUGCAGUUUCAGAUGGUAGAGCUCUAGCAUUCUUUCAGCUGCUUAUUUAUGUAAUGUUUUUAUAUAGGCCCAUUUUUCCUAUAGAAGUUGUAUUGUAAUAUGCUUGUAGUUGUGCCACUCCUGGCAAUAGAAAUAGUAACUUUUUACCAUUCAUCCAGUUUUUCCCAAAUUUCCAACAAUUAUUGCAAUUGAACUAUCUUUCUUCGAA